AUUUCCGGUCCAUGGAAGCCGUUGGCCUGCGGCGGCUACCACCGCUGCUGCCGCCAUUAUGUCCGACACGGACAGCGAUGAAGAUUCUGCUGGAGGCGGUCCAUUUUCUUUAACCGCGUUCCUUUUUGGCAACAUUAAUGGAGCCGGGCAGUUGGAGGGGGAAAGCGUCUUGGACGAUGGCGGUAGAAGUGGAUGUUCAAGCUGUGCGGGCAGACCUCUGCGGGUCCCAUUGCACUGUCUGGGUGCUUUUCCCUGUGUGCUCAUUGACGUUCAUGCACUUGUUUCCUGUGUCCAACUGAAACUCCCUUUCAUUUUGGUUCAUUUCUCGGAGAAUAAAGUUGACCAGUGUCCCCCUCCCUGCAAUAUUACACACAAAAGAGUGAUUUUUGUUCAGGCUUGCUCUCUAAUUCUGGUGACCACAGUUACUUUGGCCUUUAUUCAGAAAACUAAUGUUCCAUUCAUUCAAUCAGAGCGAUAGUUCUUUGAAUCUUUUUUUGUAACUAUAAUGUGUGGCCAUGGCACUGGACAUAGCAUUUCAUAGAGGUCAGGUCACGGUGGAGUUUGGUAGAUUUAUUGUCCUGUUCUAGAAUGUGCUGCUCUUUUAGCAUGCUACAGAAUCAGUUUUCAUAGGGAUUUAUGAAUGAGGGAAGGAAGCCUUGUGUGGGACGUUCAGCUGUACUUGUUACUUUGAUUCUGGUAGUCAGGUUGAGUUGUUAUUUUGACGCUGGUAUUCAGGUUGACUUGUUACUUUUGACCUUGGUGCUGUCCCUUUUUCAGGAGUGUAAGAAGCACUUGGCAGGCUUGGGGGCUUUGGGUCUGGGCACCCUGAUCACUGAACUAACGGCAAAUGAAGAAUUGACUGGGAUUGACGGUGCCUUUGUAAAUGAUGAAGGCUGGAUUAGAGUACAGAAGAUGCUGUGGACUAUUCAGACAUCAACGAGGUAGCAGAAGAUGAAAGUCGAAGGUACCAGCAGACAAUGGGGAGCUUGCAGCCCCUUUGCCACUCAGAUUAUGAUGAAGAUGAUUAUGAUGCUGAUUGUGAAGACAUUGAUUGCAAGUUGAUGCCUCCACCACCUCCACCUCCAGGACCAAUGAAAAAAGAUAAGGAUCAGGAUACUAUUACUGGUGUGUCUGAAGAUGGAGAAGGCAUCAUCUUGCCCUCCAUCAUUGCCCCUUCCUCUUUGGCCUCAGAGAAAGUGGACUUCAGUAGUUCCUCUGACUCAGAAUCUGAAAUGGGACCUCAGGAAGCAACACAGGCAGAAUCUGAAGAUGGAAAGCUGACUCUACCUUUGGCGGGGAUUAUGCAGCAUGAUGCCACCAAGCUGUUGCCGAGUGUUACAGAACUUUUUCCAGAAUUUCGGCCUGGCAAGGUACUUUCUGUGGAGAAUGCCCAUAUUGCAAACCACUGACCUCUUCCAGGUACUGAGUUCUGUUCAGAUGUUGAAUGUGGCUGGGCACCAGUGGCUCAUGCCUCUAAUACUAGCUUCUUGGGAGGCAGAGAUCAGUAGAAUCUCUGUUAGUUCGAGAGACAUUAUCUUG